GCAGGCUAGCGGCACUGCGGCAGGUUGGGGCCGCAAGGGCUAAAAGCCUAAAAUAUGAUUUGCAACCGCCCAGGCAACUUCGAAAUCCCAAAAUUGACUUCCACUCGGAUCACCUUGCCGCGCCGUCACCGAAUGAAAUGAGUAAUCUUUCGAGUUUUUAAAUCCUCGCGUUUGCCCACAUCCCAAACUAACGUCAUUCCAGAUUCUAUCGUCCAAUAGAACCAAUCAACUUGCUAACGCGGUGGCACAAUCUCGGAGAAUUCUUGAAGUACCGUUUUUAAACCUGCAUCGAAUUUAGGCCUUUCCUGUUAUCGAACCUAUUUCUUCCCUCUUCUCUAAUGGCAAGUUCGCAGAGAGGUGCGCUGCUUGGCACUGCUCCCUACAGAUCGAGAGGAGGACUUAUCACGAGACCAGUGUCUAAUUCAAAUGAAGUACAAGUGCAGAUCGAUCCAAUGCACGCGGAAUUGGACGAAGAAAUCUAUGGACUCCAUAGAAAGGUUAAACAAUUGAAAAAUGCAGCUCAAGAGAUUGAGUCAGAAUCAAAAUAUCAGAAGGGCUUUAUUGAUCAGUUGCAAAUGACGUUGAUCAAAGCCCAAGCAGGGGUAAAGAACAACGUGAGGAGGUUGAACAUGAGCACCAUCCAGGAGGGCUCAAACAGUGUCUUACAUGUGGUUUUAUUUGCUCUAAUUCUUUUCUUCAUAGUGUACUUCUUGUCCAAAAUUUUCAGACGAUGAAUAUGGCUACCUGGUCAGCAUGGUUAUUUAGAACGGUGAAUAUGCAGAUUUGAAUGUAAAUGAUUUCAUAGCCAAAAAGUUAUAGUACAUGUUCUGUUGUGAAGCCUUCUCCUAACUUCUGCAGCA